GCUUAACUCAGUAAGCCACCGUGGAUUCACCAAGUAACACAUAAAUUCAAUCGCCGAUGAUCCUUAAAAUACAAAGUGGGCCUUGAAUCUUUUUCUUCUCUUUCUUUUCUUUAUCUUUUCGGAUGGCAUUUAUAGAUCAACGUAAAAGCCUAUGUAUAAUUUCUCUUCUAUUAGUGAUCUCUUCACUUACUUACUUAACCCAUCUAUACACAACUGAAUCUCAACUAAGAACAGUACCUGUCGAAACAGACUAUUUAACGAAUGAACAGACAUUUUUCGAUACAAACACAACAUUUGAUUGUGAUUGCAGUCAUAUUCAAGAUAAACCACCUUUGGGAAUUGAAUUGACCCCCACAGAGACAAUAGACAUCCCAGACACAUUACCACCACCUCCUUCUUCUCUGUUAAAAAAGAUCCAUGCCAAUCUACUUGAGGAUAGAGUGUUGAUUGUGGCCACAGCCAACUAUGGUAUGCGCCAAUAUGUCUACAACUGGAUUGAAUCCCUCAAACGAACCAAACAUCGCAAAUUCCUUAUUUUCUGCUUUGAUCAACAACUCUAUGACCAUCUGACAAAAGCAGGUUAUGGUCAACAUGCAUCCAUGAUCCCUGAUAUCUGGUUUCAUCAACAAGUCGAGGCUGAUUUCAAAACCUAUUUCAGCAAAGAAUACCGUGUGAUUACUCACUCAAAAACACUGGUGGUACAACAAUUGCUGUAUCUAGAUAUCACUGUGCUUUUUUCAGAUGUCGAUAUUGUCUGGUUAAGACCACAUAUUGUGGAUUAUGUGCAUGGAUUAAUGAAGCUCAGGCAAGAGACACAUGUGUUAUUUCAGCAAGAAGGCAUGAAUCAACAAGAAGUCAACAGUGGAUUUUAUCUGAUGCGACCCACACUGGACAUGAAACGCUUAUUGGCUCAGACAAUUUUAAUCCAAGAUCAAAAUGAUGGCAAGACACAACAAGGGGCAAUGAAUAUAGCAUUGGAUCAAUUAGAUUUAGAUUUAAGAACAAGUUCAGUUGUAUUGUUGGAUGUGUUGCAUUUUCCAAAUGGCUUUGUUUAUUUUACUCAUGAUUUGCCUCGUCAACAUGGUAUUCAGCCAUUUAUUGUGCAUGCGAAUUACCUGGUAAAAGUACAUUUGGAUCUUGUUCUUUUCUCUCUAAUGUAUAUAUUGAUAGGUGGGGGAAGAAAAGAAACAAAAACUUAUAGAAAGUCAUUAUUGGUAUGUGAAUGAUACUGUUUUUUCACGCUAAGUUUGCGG